CCUCCCUCCCGAGCCUUCAAAGGGCGCUCGGGGGCUGCGGGGCUGGAGCUUCUGCAUGUAGCCGAGGGGCCCCGCCGUCGCCUGCCCGUCGCGGGGCCACCGGCGGGCGCUGGCUUCCCCAGCUCCCUUCCCGCGUCGCAGGAGCAGGUGCCACCGCCGCCGGCCACUCGCGCGGAGGUGGGACAAGGAAUGGCGCGCAGGGACGCCACAUGGAGAGCGGCGGCGGGGCUCCUCCGGCUGGGGAGCUUGGGGUGGCGGCCGAGUCCGCACAGUGCCCGCUGCCGCCGGGGGACGAGGGCGCGGCGGGGCCGGUGGCCGCUGGAGCUGGAGGCGAGGGCGAGGGCGGGGGCGGGCCGCGGCGGGCUCUGCGGGCCGUGUACGUGCGCAGCGAGAGCCCCCAGGGUGGCGCGGCCGGCGGCCCCGAGGCGGGGGCGCGGCGGUGCUUGCUGCGGGCCUGCGAGGCCGAGGGCGCCCACCUCACCUUCGUGCCCUUCGGGGAGCUCGACUUUGGGGAGACAGCCGUGCUCGACGCCUUCUACGACGCAGAUGUUGCCGUGGUGGACAUGAGCGAUGUCUCCGGACAGCCUUCCCUCUUCUACCAUCUUGGAGUCCGUGAAAGCUUUGACAUGGCCAAUAAUGUGAUCCUGUACCACGACACCGAUGCUGACACUGCUCUUUCAUUGAAGGAUAUAGUAACUCAAAAAAACACAGCAUCUAGUGGAAAUUAUUAUUUCAUCCCGUACAUCAUGACACCAUGCGCUGAUUAUUUUUGCUGCGAGAGUGACGCCCAGAGACGUGCCUCGGAGUACAUGCAGCCCAACUGGGACACCAUCCUGGGUCCGCUGUGUGUGCCCCUGGUGGACAGGUUUACUAGCCUCCUCAAGGACAUCCAUGUGACCUCAUGUGCUUAUUACAAAGAAACCUUGUUAAAUGACAUCCGGAGAGCCAGAGAGAAAUACCGGGGUGACGCACUGGCGAAGGAGCUGGCUCGCAUCAAGCUCCGCACGGACAAUACCGAGGUUCUGACCUCAGACAUCGUCAUUAAUUUACUGCUGUCCUAUCGUGAUAUCCAGGACUAUGAUGCAAUGAUGAAGCUGGUAGAAAUACUGGAAAUGCUGCCGACGUGUGAUUUGGCUGACCAGCAUAACAUUAAGUUCCACUAUGCAUUUGCACUGAAUAGAAGAAACAGCACAGGCGAUCGUGAGAAGGCUCUGCAGGUCAUGCUCCAGGUUCUGCAGAGCUGUGACCACCUGGCCCCCGACAUGUUCUGCCUCUGCGGGAGGAUAUACAAGGACAUCUUCUUGGAUUCGGACUGCAAAGAUGAUGCCAGCCGAGACAACGCCAUUGAGUGGUAUUGCAAAGGGUUUGAGCUCCAGCCAUCUCUUUAUUCAGGAAUCAACCUUGCAGUUUUGCUGAUAGUUGCUGGACAGCAAUUUGAAACUUCCAUGGAGCUUAGGAAGAUAGGUGUCCGGCUGAACAGUUUGUUGGGAAGAAAAGGGAGCUUGGAGAAAAUGAACGAUUACUGGGAUGUGGGUCAUUUCUUCAACGUCAGCAUGUUGGCCAGUGAUGUUGGGAAAGCUGUCCAGGCAGCAGAGAGGUUGUUCAAACUGAAACCUCCAGUCUGGUACCUGUGAUCAUUAGUUCAGAACUUGUUAUUAAUUCAGCGCUUCAAGAAACCCAUUAUUGAACAUUCACCCAGGCAAGAACGGCUGAACUGCUGGUUAGAUAUAAUUUUUGAGGCAACAAAUGAAGUUACUGAUGGACUCAGAUUUCCAGUUCUGGUGAUGGAACCAACCAAAGUCUUCCAGCCUUCGUAUGUCUCUAUAAACAGUGAAGCUGAGGAGAGGACAGUUUCUCUGUGGCACGUCUCACCCAUGGAAAUGAAACAAAUUCAUGAAUGGAAUUUUACAGCCUCUUCCAUUAGAGGAAUAAGCAUAUCCAAGUUUGAUGAACGGUGUUGUUUUCUUUACGUCCAUGAUAAUUCUGAUGACUUUCAAAUCUACUUUUCCACUGAAGACCAGUGCAGUAGGUUUUGCUCUUUGGUCAAAGAGAUGACAACCAAUGGAGUGGGCAGUACAGUGGAGCUGGAGGGAGAGACCAAUGGGGAUACCUUAGAGUAUGAGUAUGACCACGAUGCGAAUGGUGAGAGAGUGGUGCUGGGGAAGGGCACAUAUGGGAUCGUGUAUGCCGGCAGAGAUCUGAGCAGUCAAGUGCGAAGAGCCAUCAAAGAAAUUCCAGAGAGAGACAGCAGUUACUCUCAGCCUCUGCAUGAGGAGAUCGCCCUGCACAAGAACCUCAAGCACCGCAAUAUUGUUCAGUAGCUGGGCUCUGUUUCCGAGGGCGGCUACAUUAAGAUAUUUAUGGAGCAGGUGCCUGGGGGAAGCCUUUCGGCUCUUUUGCGAUCAAAAUGGGGGCUGAUGAAGGAGCCCACCAUCAAGUUCUACACCAAGCAAAUCCUGGAAGGCCUCAAGUAUCUCCGCGAAAGCCAGAUUGUGCACAGAGACGUAAAGGGUGAUAACGUUCUGGUGAAUACCUAUAGCGGAGUGGUGAAAAUCUCCGAUUUCGGCACCUCUAAACGUCUUGCAGGAGUGAAUCCAUGUACAGAAACUUUUGCCGGCACUCUGCAGUACAUGGCGCAGAUUAUUGAUCGAGGACCUCGUGGGUAUGGUGCCCCGGCUGAUAUCUGGGCCCUGGGCUGCACCGUCAUUGAGAUGGCCACCAGCAGGCCCCAUGAGCUCGGUGAACCGCAGGCAGCCAUGUUCAAAGUGGGCGUGUUUAAGAUUCACCCUGAGAUUCCAGAAACCCUUUCAGCGGAAGCUAGAGCCUUCGUUUUAUCCUGUUUUGAGCCUGACCCCCACAAACGUGUCACCGCUGCUGGACUGCUCCAAGAGGGUUUCUUAAUGCAGGUGAACAAGGGCCAGAAGAACCGAAUUGCUUUUAAGCCGGCAGAGGGUCCCAGGGGCGCCACGCUGCCCCUGCCCCUGGCGGGAGAGCUGAUGGGCGGCAGCAGCAGCAGUGAGUGUGGCUCGGUCUCCCCACACUCCGAUGCCCAGCCCGACGUGUUCUUCCAGAAGUCCCAGACGCCCACGCAUCGGCUCAGCCACCUGCUCAGUGUUCCUGAUGAGAGCUCGGCCUCAGAGGACCGGAGCGCAGCCUCGUCCCUGGAGGACAGCGACCUGGGCCUCUUCCUGCUGCGCAAGGACAGCGAGCGCCGUGCCAUCCUCUACAGAAUCCUCUGGGAGGAGCAGAACCAGGUGGCUUCCAACCUGCAGGAGUGCGUGGCCCAGAGUUCGGAAGAGUUGCAUCUCUCAGUCGGCCACAUCAAGCAAAUAAUUGCGAUCCUGAGAGACUUCAUCCGCUGCCCGGACCACAGGGUGAUGGCAUCCACGAUAUCAAAGCUAAAGGUGGACCUGGACUUUGACAGCUCGUCCAUCAAUCAGAUUCAUCUGGUACUCUUUGGAUUUCAGGAUGCUGUAAAUAAAAUUUUGAGGAACCACUUAAUUAGGCCCCACUGGAUGUUUGCGAUGGACAACAUCAUCCGUCGAGCGGUGCAGGCUGCAGUCACCAUCCUCAUCCCAGAGCUCCGAGCCCACUUUGAGGCUGGCUCAGGGACCAAAGGGGUGGAUAAGGACACGGAUGAGGCAGAAGAGGACUAUGCCCCGGCAGACCCACGCGGGAGCGAGGCGCAGGUGGCGUGUGGGUGGAGCAGGCCCGUUUCAGCAGUUGCCCAGGAGGCCCAGCCCCAGCAGCUCCACCAGCAGCAUCUGAGCCUCCAGCUGAGCAAGCUCAGGCAGGAGACCAACAGACUUUUGGAACACCUAGUUCAAAGAGAGUACCAGAAUCUUCUACGGCAAACCCUAGAACAGAAAACUCAAGAAUUGUAUCACCUGUAGUUACAAUUCAAAUCUAAUGAGAUUACAGAGAACUCAGCCUCCCCUCCUCGGUCUUAUGGGCAGAGAACAGAAGAAGAGCUUGUCGACUGGUUGCAACGGCAAGGAGCGGAUACGAAAACAAUUGAAAAGAUUCUUGAAGAAGGUUAUACACUUUCUGAUAUUCUUAAUUAUAUCACUAAGGAAGACCUAAGGUACCUUAGACUACGUGGUGGUCUCCUCUGCAGGCUCUGGACUGCAGUCUCCCAGUACAGAAGACAGGCUCAGGGGGCCCCGGCAACCCAAGAUGAGGCUUAAUCAA